AAAAUAGUAAACAGUGUAUUGUGUUUGUCUUUUUUCAUUUGGUGUACUAAAAUUUGCUGUGAAUCAUGUCGGGUUUGGAAAAAUUUCAAGCAAGUGAAGCUUGGCGCACGAAUUUUAAGAAGUUUCUCUUUAUGGAACGAAAACCAGAAGUGGUCCAAAAAACAUUAACAAUAACUGAAAGUCAACGCUAUAGUUUGGAUAUAGGGGAAGAUUUAAAAAAUAUAAUUGAACAAAAAAAGAACCAGAAAACUGUUCAAAUCAAUUUGAAUGCAGAAAUUAUAAAUAUUCCUAAUACAACAAACGAAAGUAUAAGCCAUCAAAAAGAAUCAAAUAUGAAUCGAUGCGAUGAAACUGCAUAUGGAGAACUGCCCAUGUGGCAAAAAACAUCAGAUGAAAGUUUCGAGGCUUUAGAGAAGAUGUGCGAAAAAACUGUAUCUGAUCCGAACAGCACACUGUUUAAAUAUCUUAACGGCGAAGAUGAGGAACAAAAAAGCAACAAUGUUGUGGUAUGGCAAAAGACUUCUGAUGAAAGCUUUGAAGCCCUAGAAAAGAUGUGUGACAAAACAGCAUCUGAUCCGAAUAGUACUCUCUUUCAAUAUUUAAAUAGUGAUCGCAAAGAACAGGUCUUGGCAGAAGUUAAAAAGCGUAGUGCAGAUGGAAUUAUUUUAGAUGGGCAACAUCAAGAAGAUAAAUUACUAAUGAAACUAAAUAAUUGCACAUUGUUGGAUGAUAUUGAGGCACCAUCACGCAUGUGGGAAAAUACCAUAUGUGGUGAUACUAUCCUGCAAACCUCACCUAUCAAAAUGGUGGGUUUAUUAAGACCUUCUACAAUAAUUGAGGAAGCACCAGAUGACUCGACAAAUUCCGAUGUAUCAUCUCAAAUGAGUUUUCGAACAGCUACUAAAGGCGCCCAUAGCGAUAUCUCCUCAAGUGCCUACGAAACUGCUCAUGAUUCUACUGUAGCUAGUAAUCGUACAGAUGUUUCUAAAAAAUGCCGCCAACAAGACCUGGAAGUCAUUGAUGUUGAUAACAUCGUUUUUGCAGCAAUAGCGAAAAACGAACAACAGAUGAAAGACAAUGAAGCCUAUAUUAUUCCUAUCCAUGAACAAUUGGAUGCUACUAUUAUUGAAUCAGAUCCAAUAACUAAUAUAUGUGAUGGUGAAAAUAAUUCUAAUGCAAGUGAAAUAUCGGUUGAUUUGAUUGAUUUGGAAAAAACAUUUGGUCCACUUCAAAACUCUCCGCAUUCUUCUAUCGCAGAAGAUGGUCCAGAGCAAAAUAUUGAAUGUAAUGAAAAUGAAAUGGAAGAUGGUGACGUAUUAGAAGAUUCUAUUAUUGAAAUACUCUCGGAUGAAGAAGAUGUUGAUGAAACUGAUGAUGUGCAAAGUAAAGAUGAAGAAGAACAAAUACAUUAUACAAACAUCAAAAUGGAAAUGAGUUCAAAAACGAACUCAUUCAGUAUUAAUCACGAUACCUAUAGUUUCAAUGAGUCACUUGAAAAUGAUAAGGAAAAUUGUGGUGCGACUCCUCAAUCAUCGGAGAAGUCUAUGCAAUUCAAUGACACAAUGGAAGAGGUCGAGUAUAUGCUCAAAAGGGGUAUGGAAUAUAUGGCUGCUGAAGCAGCUGCCAAAAAAAGCCCGCCAAAAGUAAAAGCCCCUAUUCCGGCGUGUAAUAUUAAGGUUUCCAAAACUCAACCGAAUUCUCCUAUGACACAUAAGAAGCCGGGUUCACAUGUAUCAUCUUCUGCCUCAAAAGUGAAAUCAUCAACACAUACAACACCAGCCAAGAAUGUGCCCUUAACCAAAGGUCACAAUUCAUCAUCGAAACGUUAUGAUAUCGAUAUACGACCAUUUCCGAAAUUAGAUAUAUUUGCUAAGCCUGCUGUACAUGCUCGCACUAAAGAGCUAACAAGCAAACAACAAAAGUUUUCCCACAUUGUUAGUCCUAUUGGUGCCUAUAUGAAAAAGACCGCCAAAACACCGCUAAUGUCCUCAAUAAAUUGCAAAACUAAGGACUAUUUUAACUCAACUGCAAUUCUGGAACUGGAAAAUGAAUCUCGCUUGUAUCAGCCACAGUUUGUAAAAGACUCAGACGGAAGCGAAGCAUCGGGUUUACCUAAAUUGCCUGGUUUAACAAGUGAUACGAAACGACCACUACCGAAAAAGGCAUACAUAUCGUCUGAUUUGAAACAUAUUGUUGAUGAACGGACUCCCAUAACGAUUCCUGGUGGUAAAAAAAUACAAAAAUAUCUUGAAAACGCAAUGAUGCCAGCUGUAUUACGUCACGAAGGCAAAUUUAAAAUGCCAGGCGGAAUGAGUAACAAGUUAAAUACGCCAUCAUCAUCUUCACCAGUAGUCCCCUCUAAAUUGCCCUUAAAAAAUUCCGAUACAAAUUCAAUAAUUACAUCAAGAUCAUCCUCGCACAUACCACGACGUAACAACGCCAGUCUUGCUGAUUUGUCAGUAAUGUCUGGCGAUGUAUCCAUGUAUACAAUAAUGGAUGCCCAGAAAUUUUAAUAUUAUUUAUCCAUUCCACCCAUUUUUUUGCAUUAUUGCGUUAGCGUGUAGUUUUAUCUGUUUAUGGAUGUUUUACCUUUACCUUUUUUAAUAAAUUUUUUCUAAUCGGAAAAAUGUAUAUAGUACGAAAUAAAUAUUAAAUUAAAUGUUCGGAA